CAGAAAAGGAGUCAAGGUUGCUCGAGUCACAGGCCUGAAAGCCGCUGCGUGCGCGCGCAUCCUCACAUUCCACACCGCCUGUACUCCAUCUCGAGCUGUACGUCGACCGCGCUUUUUAACGCACGCGCACCAACUCCUCCUCCUGGAAGCUGACUACAGUGAGCGCGCGCCCUUCACGCCACACAUCCUUCUCCGCCUGCACUCAGCUCGGAUCAGCUCCGCAAACCCGCUUCACGCACCGCCGAAGCACGCAGAGACGUCCCUCUCUCUCACACCUGAUAUCAUGGCCUCAGUCCUGGAGAAACUCAUGACCUCCCUGAACAGCGGUCCUGCUGAACCACCCACCAACAAGGUGACUGUGGUGGGAGUGGGGCAAGUGGGCAUGGCCUGCGCUGUCAGCAUCCUGCAGAAGGACUUGUGUGAUGAGCUGGCACUGGUCGAUGUGCUCGAGGACAAGCUGAAAGGAGAGAUGAUGGACCUGCAGCAUGGCAGCCUCUUCCUCAAGACCCACAAGAUCAUCGCCGAUAAGGACUACUCUGUGACGGCGAACUCGCGCAUCGUGGUGGUGACGGCUGGCGUUCGUCAGCAGGAGGGCGAAAGCCGCCUCAACCUGGUGCAGAGGAACGUCAACAUCUUCAAGCACAUCAUCCCUCAGAUCGUCAAACACAGUCCCAACUGCAUCCUCAUCGUCGUCUCCAACCCGGUGGACAUCAUGACCUACGUGACGUGGAAGCUCAGCGGCCUUCCCAAGCACCGCGUCAUCGGCAGCGGCACCAACCUGGACACGGCCCGUUUCCGCUUCAUCAUGGCCGAGAAGCUGGGCAUCCACGCGAGCAGCUUCAACGGCUACAUCCUGGGGGAGCACGGAGACUCCAGCGUGCCCGUGUGGAGCGGUGCUAACGUCGCAGGCGUGAACCUGCAGACGCUCAACCCGGCCAUCGGGACGGAUCAGGACCGCGAGAACUGGAAGGACGCUCACAAGAUGGUGGUGGACAGUGCCUAUGAGGUGAUUAAGCUGAAGGGGUACACUAACUGGGCCAUUGGAAUGAGCGUUGCUGAUCUGACUGAGAGCCUGGUGAAGAACCUGAGCAGAGUUCAUCCUGUCUCCACCAUGGUCAAGGGCUUGUACGGGAUCAGCGGCGAGGUGUAUCUCAGCCUGCCCUGCGUCCUGAACUCCAGCGGCGUGACCAGCGUGAUCAACAUGACCCUGACUGACAGUGAGGUGGGGCAGCUCAGGAAGAGCGCCGACACUCUGUGGAACAUCCAGAAGGACCUGAAGGACCUGUGAAGUCCUCGUGUAGUGGCCACACACACCAUCCACUCACAUCAUCCACGUACUUCUAACCCUUCCACUUAACACACACACACGUCCUACACGGGUGUGGCUCUCGGAUAUGUCCUUACAUCUUUCUCAUUUUCUUUCCCCUUUCACUUUUUAAAAAGUUCAAACUCCGAGUCGGAACGCUUUCUUUUCUCCUGUGGUGUGAAUACGGUUCCGUAAGAUCGAUUUUUCACAAGUAUAGUAGGAGCCUCACAGGUUUGUAGUCUUUCUGUCGACAGGAGCCAGACUGAAAUAUAGCCGUACCCAACAUAUCCGUAAAAAUGUCUUUAAAAUGAAGAAAAAUCAAUAAAUCUUUAAUGAAAUCCCA